GCACGUGAGCGUUUGAAUGGAGCUCGUCGCCGGGUGCUACGAACAGGUCCUUUUUGGUUUCUCUGUGCACAGAAAGCCCGAGACGAGUGGCGGCCUCGAGAAAUGGACUGCUGUGGCUGACUUCACUCACCAUGCCCACACUGCCUCCGUGUCAGCAGUGGCCGUAAACAGUCGUUUUGUUGUCACUGGAAGUAAAGAUGAAAUGAUUCACAUUUAUGACAUGAAGAAGAAGAUAGAGCAUGGGGCCCUAGUACAUCACAGUGGCACAAUAACUUGUCUGAAAUUCUAUGGCAACAAGCAUUUACUCAGUGGAGCUGAAGAUGGCCUAAUCUGUGUCUGGGACACAAAGAAAUGGGAAUGCCUGAAGUCUAUUAAAGCACACAAAGGACAAGUGACCUUCCUCUCUAUUCAUCCAUCUGGCAAGUUGGCCCUGUCAGUUGGUACAGAUAAAACAUUAAGAACAUGGAAUCUUGUGGAUGGAAGGUCAGCAUUCAUAAAAAAUAUAAAACAAAGUGCUCAAAUAGUUGAAUGGUCUCCAAAUGGUGAAAAAUACAUAGUAGUCACAGUGAAUAAAAUAGACAUCUACCAACUGGACACUGCGUCUAUUAGUGGUGCCAUCACGAAUCAGAGAAGAAUCUCGUCUGUUACAUUUCUUUCUGAGUCUGUCCUUGGAGUAGCAGGAGAUGAAGAAGUCAUACGGUUUUUUGACUGUGAUUCACUAAUAUGCCUCUGUGAAUUUAAAGCUCAUGAAAACAGGGUGAAAGACAUACUCGCUUUUGAAAUUCCGGAGCAUCACGUCAUUGUUAGUGCGUCAAAUGAUGGUUUCCUCAAGAUGUGGAAGCUUCACCAGGAUAAGAAAGUUUCCCCAUCUCUACUCUGUGAAGUAAAUACUAAAGCCCGACUAACCUGCUUGGGAGUGUGGUUGGACAGAGUGACAGACACGAAGGAAAGCCUCCCUGGAGCUACAGAGCCUUCUGUUGUAAGUAAAGAGGAACAGCCUCCAGUCAACCAGAAGGGACUUGGUAAUGAAGUGCAAGAAGAAGGAGGGCAGCCUAGACCUAACGCAAAGAAAUCUUGUUUAGCUGGAAAGAAAGGAAAUAGCCUAGUGUCACCCAAGAAGAGGACAAUGGCUAAAGCAUUGGAAAACAAGAGAAAAAAGAAGAAAAUAUAA